AUGUGAUGGUCAUGCAGAUAGCUUUAUAGCUGAGCUUGCUAAUUGGCUCUAAUUGGCUAGCUACUUGAUCCACUUUAUACAAUGGGUAACUGCAUAGACUCCAGUACCAUUGAUGGCUCCUCCAGUAAUAGGAGCAGCCGUGCUGACCAACCACUGAAGCGUGACUCUGAGAAGAACAGUCUGUUAUCUGCCACCACCCAGCAAUCAUACGGGACCGAGACUCAGCGGACACCACCCCCCACCCAGUCGCCACGGCUACAAUUACCCGCUGUAUCUCUGUCCAAGUCCACUGCUAAACCUAUCGGACAGUUUAGGUUCCUCGAUCGAAAGUACUCCGUGACAACGCCAGAAUGUGGCGUCACUGACAUUGACGAGGUGUUUAAGAGUGUGUGUGAGCGAUAUGACAUUGCAGUGAUCAAUAGGGAAAAGAUUGACGAAGCUCUGACAUUGUUCAAGACCAUUCUGGACAUGGAGCUCGACACUUCACUGGAGGAAUGCUUUACUGCUUGGAAGGAGUUUCUGGUCAACCCGCAAUUCAUCGUGAACUGCAUAGAGGCCACGGGUGACGUCAAGGAUAUUCGAGUCAGAGCUGAUGAUAUACCUAAAGUCAGACGCAAAGCUCAGAAGCAUAUUCGAGAUCUAUUGGAUGCCUGCCACUUGUUUUUGCAGCAAAGAGAAUUUCUGCAGCGAAAUAUUAUGGAUGAUUUGUCUAAAUUGGAGGAUUUAGCACGGGAUCUGCAUAAUAUUGCCAACCAUGCUAAACUCAGCUCCUCGCAGAAGAAACAUCUUGAAAAGAAUUUCUCUGGAGGUCAAGCAAUGGUGGCUACAUUUCCUGAGACCAUUGAACUUUUCUGGAGACAAACAUACAGUCUUGUGCACGACAUCAACACCUCCGUACAUGUGCUGGAUGGAGUGCCUGGACCAGAGUCUGCUGAUCUACGAUAAGAUAACACUAACUAGCUAACAGCUGCUGCUAUAAUUAUAUUUUAGUGCAUGGCUAUUCUCGUUAUCUGUGUGACAGUUGUGUACAUGUGUACAUGUGUGUACAAUGAUCAUUGUGAAGUCA